CGACUCCUGGUGUAAUACCCAUGUGCCGCAAUGAUCCAACUCGCAAUACUAAUUGCUAGCACUGGCUGUACGGUUCACUCGAUGCGUGCCGCCACAGAAAGCCGUAGUUUCACACAUUUGGUGGGCAUGGAUGCUUGCAUCUCGCUGCCACCCCAAUCUGCAGAUAAUCAGGCCAUGAUGAACGACCAUGAACGAAAUGCACUGUCUCACUUCCCACGAGCGGGGUUUCUUCCCUUUCGCUCCCCCUUUCCCAUGCCGCAUUGGAUUCCCCAAUUCUUUUCGUCAUUGCCCGUUAGGCAAUACAACGUUGAUGGUGUUUUGCAAAACCAAAAAAAGAAGGGUUUGCAGGGAGCGGCCCGAUGUGAUUGAAUUAGCCGCCGAAGCGAACCGCAAACGACCUGUUUUGUGGCCUCAUCUUUUCGUUUCUCUGCCUGGCACCCGCCAUGUAAAAAUGCGACCGCAUCUGCAUCUGCAUUUAUCGGCACGGCACCGCCCGCACACUUGCCCGGAUGGCUUUGUUUCCUCAUCGAGGAGGAUGAGGGGCCAGAGAUUGAUCGGUUUUGACGUGAUCUCGUUGCAUUUCGUUUUCCUCCCCGCCGCCCGCUUCCCGAGCCUCGAGGCUAGUCUGCAAAUGCACUCGCGUUCCCGCGUGCAUCUCUCGUACACGAUCGAUGGCGAAUCCCCCAAGGUGACCAACACUGGUUGGCACGCGACAGCAAAAGAAGCCGACCGUCCACUGUGCAUCUCUCGGCGUUGCCAACGAAAUGAAAACUCGAAGACUCAAAUAUUUCAUCGAAUACAUAAUGCUGCCCAGAGCUCGAUAGCUUCUGGACGGACCGGAUACCAGGCAUCUGCAUCUUCGAGUUGUGGUUCUGAGGAGAACCACUCGGUUCCUCCGUGCUGGCAUUCAUGCGGGUUGAUUUGGCCCGCAUCUGCCAAAGACUCUAUACAAACUGCCAGAGUUGUCCUAUAAGUUGUUCCUGUCAGCCCACAUAUCCAUCAUGUCAGGAACUGCUCAAUUCGGUCGACUAGGAGGCAACUACUGCGGACCAAAUGGUGGUCCUCGUUUGCGAAGCCUUACUCUCACGUCACGAAAGCUGGGCCUUCAUCUACCUCCCGUGUCAAGCAAGCUUUGCCGACUUGAGGUAU